ACCACCCCCCACCCCCCAAUUCCCUCCUUCCCACGGCUCAGCUGCCUAUUCCGCAAUGGGAGCCGCCGCCGCCGUGUAGUGUUUUCGUGCUCCUCCUUUUCCUCCUCCUCUUUCUCCUCCUCCUCAGGGCCCCAGUCAGACCGAUCCGCUCCGCUCACGGAAUGAAAAUUGAGGCAUAACUAACUGCCUUGUCUGGAGUCACAUGUACUUAGGUGACAUUUAACAGAAAGUCAACUCUGCAACUUGAUGGGCGACAACCCUUUUCAACCAAAAAAUCAUUCAAAAAUGGCAGAACUCUUUAUGGAAUGUGAAGAAGAAGAGCUGGAACCAUGGCAGAAGAAAGUAAAAGAAGUUGAAGAUGAUGACGACGACGAACCAAUCUUUGUGGGAGAGAUAACAAGCUCAAAACCAGCAAUUUCAAAUAUUUUGAACAGAGUUAACCCCAGCUCGUAUUCAAGGGGAAUAAAGAAUGGCGCACUCAACCGAGGUGUUACUGCUGCAUUCAAGCCUGCAAGUCAACGCUAUACGAACCCAACAUCAAAUCCAGUGGCUGCCUCACCCGUAAAUUUUCAUCCUGAAUCUAGAUCUUCAGAUAGUUCUGUUAUUGUUCAGCCUUUGUCUAAACCUGGUUAUGUAACGAACUCAUCACGCGUUGUAUCUAAUAAUUCUUCAGCGUUACUGUUUGACUUAACCCAGGACACAGGAUUGUCACAAGGGGGACCAACACUUUCUAUAGCAGGUAUGAAUGAAAGUUCGUUUGUAUCAAAGCGUCCUUCUACUUCUGAAGUAAAUAGUGCUAAUCCAAAAAAGCCUAAGCCCAGUGAAGGAAUUACUGGAACAAAUUCCUCAGCUGCAUUCCCUUCAGUUAAAUCUCCUUCAGUGACGUCUACCCAGGCUAUUCCAUCAAAAGGUACAAAUACCUCAUCAAAUCAAUCUAAAAAUGGGACACCUUUUCCAAAAGCUUGUCCAAAGUGCAAUAUUCAUUUCAAUCUUUUGGAUCCUUUGAGAAACCACAUGAAGUAUUGUUGUCCAGACAUGAUAAAUAACUUUUUUGGACUGGCUAAAACAGAAUUUUCAAGUACAGCAAAUAAAAAUAAGACUAUUGACUCAGAGAAAGGAAAAUUAAUCAUGUUAGUUAAUGACUUUUAUUAUGGAAAACAUGAAGGAGAUGUCCAGGAAGAACAGAAGACUCAUACAACCUUUAAAUGCUUCAGUUGCUUGAAAAUUCUUAAAAAUAAUAUUAGGUUUAUGAACCACAUGAAACACCAUUUGGAACUUGAGAAGCAGAGCAGUGAGAGCUGGGAAAACCACACCACCUGCCAGCACUGCUAUCGUCAGUUUCCCACACCAUUUCAACUGCAGUGUCACAUUGAAAGUACACACACACCCCAUGAAUUUUCUACUAUUUGCAAAAUUUGUGAAUUAUCAUUUGAAACAGAACAUGUUCUUUUACAACAUAUGAAGGACAAUCAUAAACCCGGUGAAAUGCCGUAUAUUUGCCAGGUUUGUAAUUAUAGAUCAUCAUCAUUUUCUGAUGUAGAAACACAUUUUAGAACAUCCCAUGAAAACACUAAGAACUUGCUAUGUCCAUUUUGCCUCAAAGUUAUUAAAAUCGCAACGCCCUAUAUGCAUCAUUACAUGAAGCAUCAGAAAAAAGGAGUACAUCGUUGUACAAAAUGCAGACUGCAAUUCUUGACUUGCAAGGAGAAAAUGGAUCAUAAGACUCAGCAUCAUCGAACGUUUAUAAAACCUAAACAACUAGAAGGAUUGCCUCCGGGAACAAAAGUUACUAUUCGAGCUUCAGUUGGACCUCUCCAAUCAGGAUCUUCACCUACACCUUCCAUUAGUGCAAGCACUUCUACCCUUCAGCUCUCACCUCCAAGGACUAAAAAUAUAACUGCUAAAAAUCCCACAAAAUCUAAUAUAAGUAAACCUAAUAUAACUAUCAGUGCAAGUAAACCCAGUGCAAGUAAGCCUAAUGGAAGUAAAUCUAAAUGCAAAUCAAAAAUCUCUAAUGUACAAAAGAAACAAAGUACAUUGGCAAGUAGCAAUAAAAAAAGUAAAGUCAAUACUGCAUUGAGGAACUUAAGGUGCCGUCGGGGAGUUUACAACUGCAUUGAGUGUUGUUCUGAAAUAAAAGAUUUUGCAAACCACUUUCCUACAUAUGUCCACUGUAGUUUUUGCAGAUACAACACUAGCUGUAGCAAAGCCUAUGUAAAUCAUAUGAUGAGCUUUCACAGUAACCGUCCAAGUAAAAGAUUUUGUGUUUUUAAGGAACAUUCAGAAGAUCUCAGGGGCAUUACUGUAGUGUGCCUUAAUUGUGAUUUCCUAACUGAUGUUUCUGGCUUAGAUAAUAUGGCUACACACUUAAAUCAACGUGAAACUCAUACUUGCCAAGUUGUAUUAGAGAAUGUUUCUGUUGAUAUCCCAACUUCUGAGCAUCUUUCUGAAUUAAAAAAUGAAGCUCCCUGUGGGGAAAAAGAACCUGUGUCUGAGGAAAUUUCAAGACCUAAUAUGGCUAAAGGAGAAACAGAAACUUCAAAUUCUGAAAGUAAACAAGAUAAAGCUUCUUCAGAAGAAGACAAAAAUGAAUGUGAUGCAAAUUCAUUUGAAGCCUCGUCAGCAACAAAAAGUGAUGGAAGUGUAACAGUUUUAGAUAAAGAAAAUGAUACAUAUGUACAAGGACGGGAAAUUGGCUCAAAGAAAAUCUCCAGUGAUGAUUCAAACAAUGGUGGAAAUAAAGUGGAAAAAGAAAAAGAAAUAGAACACCUUUGUCAGGAAAUGGAGUUGAAGAUGUGCCCAAAUUCAGGAAAUAUAAUUUCAUGUGAUCAGAUUAAAGAUAAUGCUAAUGAAACUAGAUUUUUUCCAAAGAAUAAUAAGGAUUUGCGGUUAUCAUCAGAUAAUGUGAGCAUUGAUCAGUUUUUGAGGAAAAGAGAUGAACAUGAAUCUGUUAGUUCUGAUAUUAGUGAACAAGGCAGUAUUCAUUUGGAACCUUUGACUCCGUCAGAGGUACUUGAGUAUGAAGCCACAGAGAUUCUUCAGAAGGGUAGUGGUGAUUCUUCAGCCAAGACUGAUGAAAUAGUGUCUACUCAAACAGAUGACAUUCCUAGAAGAAAUAGUCCUAGCAUAACUGAGACAACAGUAGACCUGGCAGGUGAAAAAGAAAGGAGUUGAAAUUAAUCACUCAUCCUAAGUUUUAGUGUGCCAACAGUAAGAGAAUUUGGAGCAGUGCUCUCAAGUGAGCUCAGUGGUGCUGUUUUAGAGUUCAGAAAUAGACAAAUGUGAGGAAGGUCAUUCAUACUUGUUAUCUGUUUGUUCAACCAAAGUUAUUAAAGAAAUCAAUUCACCAAUAGUAGUAUGGAUUUCCAAGGUUUUCUAAAAAAAUGAAUAGAAUUUUUCCCACAAUUCAUUUUCAUUUUGUUUUAGAAAAAAAUGUACAUAAAAUUUAACAUACUUUCUAAAUCAAUUUAAAAGAAUUUCCCAUUUUUAUCUGACAAAAAUCUACUUAAAAAUGAUUGGAAAGGAAUGAUUACUUGUAGAUACCAACAUUAAUUCAGUAAAAAAUACUAUGUAGUGUCCUGUAAAGUAGGACACUAAAAACAGAGAGAGAGAAAGAGGGAGAGAGAGUGAAAGGAAGAGAGGGUGGGGAUAAGGAGAGGGAGGGAAAUGUGAAACAAAAGUUAAAAGCAAAAAUGCACACAAUUAAAAGGUAACUUUCUAUUUUUUAUGCUGAUUACAAAAGGCCUCCAAUGAGAACCUAUGGCUUUAACCAAUCCCCUUUGCCACCACUCAUUGUCCUUUGUGUCUUCUUUACAAUCUGACUUGCUAAUAUUUACCCAACAGUGCAGUGCCCCUGUGUCAACCACAAUAUAAGGUUAUAUUAUCUGCCAACAGUUUGGCAAGGAGGAUGACUAAGGUAAUGUGGUUGCACAUAGCCACCAAUUUUUGAUACUGUGAUUUUUGUUUGUUAUCUUAAGGAUUUGUGCUUGUCACAAACAGGUUGAAGUGGUAACAUUUCCAAUCUAAUACUUAUUCUAUGAUAUUAAGUCUGAAAUUCAUACAGAAGAAGUUUAACUUACAUGUGAUACUUCAGUACCACUAGAUGCUACAUUAUUUGAUUUAAAACCCUGGUUUAUCUAUCAUUCAACUAAAAUUCAGGAAUGAUUUGUUCAGACAAAGCACAUUUCAUUUGCUGAAGUUGUCUUGUUUGUUUCUUGGACUCAUAAGGAAAACCACAGGAGUGUUAUAGGAAAGACACCUGCAAAAUUAAAAAAAAAAAAAAGAAUUAUACGUUUUAACUGUUUUAAAAUUACAACUGCCUACAAAACUAACCCAA